AACUGAGAGGUCUGUAACGAAUCAUACCUCGUCUGCCAUACUCUUCCAGCUUUCUUAAGGAAUUCCCAACAGAGGAAGCAAGAGCUCUUGAUGCUCUGAAGGGAUCAGAGUGUGAACGUUUAUUGAGGUCAAUCUGACACCAGAAUAUUUCCAAGUCGUUACUACACUGUUAAUUUACGUCUGUUUACGUGCAUGAAGCGUUGAAUCGAUCAACAGAAGGCUUACUAUUCAUUGGUCUAUUGCGUCCAUUGCAAUCACUAGAAAAACGCGCAGUCUGUGAUCAGCCGCAGCGUUCAGCAUACCAUCCCUCAGCUGUGUACAUUUAAUGUACGCUGAUGAAAUUGCGAUCAUGGCGCUGUUGAAUCUGUACUGGAAACUGUUUGUAAAAGGAAAUAAGAAGCCUCGUGUAGACUGGAAAAAUCCCCUCUACUAAGUUCCUCAAGAUGGAGCCAGAAUCAAAGAAAGCAUCCAAAGAUAGCUUUGAGGACGACUGGGUCAAGGCCAGUGAGGCUCGGUAUGACUCGAUGAAACAUCUUCUUCAGUCAGUCAGGCAUGAUAUCGAUGCACUGACCUCACGUAUCGACCAAACGCAGUGUUCGGUUGAACUACUUCGUGUGGAUGGAACUUCACCAAGUGUACGACAGCAGGUUAGAAGCAAUAACUCGUCAGCACUUGGAUUUUCAACAAAUGGCGGUCAAGACCCUCAAAAUUGUAGGCCAGAUAUUCUAGCAAAUGUUAUUUCCGGUGCCGAAGAGGCAUUUAGAGAUGAAUAUAUGGAUAUACAAAUACGCGAAUCACGAACUUCUUUUACCCCUCAGUACAAUGACGAUCAGCUUUUAGAAUGCAACGUUGCGGGGGCGUCUUCAGAACAAAUAGGAGAUAAGAGCUGGAGAUCCCCAUCAGAUUUCAACGUUCACGACCCUUUUGAAUCAGUUCGACUUCCUAAUGAAUUUACCAGUGGUACAACCCCCUACAGUCCCAAGCAACAUUGUAAUCAUCCGGCCAAAGAGACUGAUCUGGAUGACAUAGAUUUACAUCAGUUCGAGCCAGACGAUGAUUCUGCCGGUAGUCUGUCGCCGGCCGUAUCGCCGACCUUUGAAAACUAUGUCACAGAAGGUGUCAACCUGAACAAUAUGCUUGUAACCAAAGACGAAUCUGGACAUUUCCAGUUUGCUCCUAAUGACCCAUCAGUGAAGCCCUUAACCCCUGAAGAAUAUAGAGUAUACGACAACGGGCAUGCUUUGACCACAAUAGACGAAGCUUCUGAAGAAAUCGAAGAUGACUUUUCUUCCUCUGAUAUGGAUUUAUCCACACAUAGCCACCAGCCAUCAGAUCAAGCCAACUUGGUCACGUCCAGUAACGUGAUUAUGGAAGUCAAUUCCGGCCGAUCGAUCGAACCUGGAUUCAAAACCUCCGGUGAAUCCACACCAGGUCCACUCAAUGUGUUCACAGACGAUGAUAACCAGAUGAUGUAUACAACAGAAUACAGGAUUAAAUCAACCUCCCUCAAAAGCACAUCUGAUGCGGAACGUCCUUUUGUUGGUGAGGCCAGCACCAUUGAUGGCUCAGACCCACAUAAAGCAUAUGAUCAUGUGGUUGUACUUAGACCAAAGCGGGCAGGUACGGGCGAGUCGCCAGUCAAGCAGCGUCCCAUCUCCGCUGGUUCGCUUCGUGGAUAUAUGCGCAAUGGUGAUGGUUCAGUGACCGGUUCUUUGCAUUCUGUUGUCUCCAUGUUAAGCCAAGAGAGUGUUUUAAGUGAAGCAGAUUCCUACGUGACAGUCGCUAGCCGGUUUAAUACAACCGGAAGUGACGACAUGUACACCACGGCUUGUAGUGAUUUCGAAUUGCCUGAUCAGCAUACCCCAAAUAUUUACGUUCAUCAAGAUAGUGACGAAUGCCCAACGUUGUCACGUAAACGAACAAAACUAUCCAAAAGUCAGCGCCACCGAUCCACGGAUUUCCAACCACAAAGUGAGUCCUCGUCCGAGGACGAUGAGAAUGAAGAUGUACUGAGAAUCACGGAAGCUAUUGUCGUAACACCAAAGUUCUCACGCCUUCCUUCAAAGAUGGCUUCACCCAAGGAGGAUGUUUCCAGUACCUUUUGGGGCGGUGAUUACAGUGGAACGGAAGCAAAAAUUCAACCGGUUGAGAAUAUAUCCAAGGCGACAGGAGCCCCUGGUGUCAUCUCUUACAAACGAAUUGCCCUUCGACGUCCCAAGCGGAGCUCUCCAGUUCAUAAGAAUUUCCCUACUGACGAGUCACCGAACAGAUCAGACCCUGACGCUAAAUCGUCCGACAGCUCUUCUUCGGCCGAUGAAGCUGAUUACGAUGCCUCAGCUUCCAUCACAUGGGCUUCCAGACAAAUUGGGCCUGAGGGUGGCGUGCUUCCUCCAGAUUCAGUCUGUAAACCAGGUUUCAAUUUUGAUAAGGUACCUUGUUCCAUUCAGAAAAGUUCUGUGAUCGCAAGUGGUUUAUUGGAAAGGUGUAAGGGUGAUCGGGACCAGGAUGGUGGUAUCAAUGGUGACCACAUGAUGGUUGGUUUACCAGCUGUUCUGCAAGACUCACGGACAAUCAAUUCGCGCUUCGUCGACCAUGGAUCAUCUGAUGCUUCGGGUAUUGUGGUUGUCCCGAAGUACAACUUGUCCUCACAAUAUCCGGUUAACAAUACACAAGAGGAAAGAGUAACGCUCUCAACGGAAGACCGCUGGCAAUGUGUUGAAAGCCAGACAGACUUGGCAAGGGCGUCAACCCAUGCAGAUGAUAGCCGAUUGGCUAAACCUAAUGAACCAGUAGUAACGCAGCGCGUGGACUCAGAUUUUGCUGCGAGCCAACAUAAACAACGCGAUCCUACUGAAAUCGAUGAAACCAAAACAAACGUGAGCUCAUUCUUGGUCUCACAUGACCCGGUUGCAGCAACUCAAUGCCCAGAGAAAGCAUGCGCGACAAGCACUGUGUUGAGCACUUUUAGUGAGGAAAUAAACGAAAGUAACGAAAGUAAACAGGACCAAAGGGCUAUAAAUCAGUUGGACGUUAGAGAAGACAUGCACGGAGCACGUCUAAACUAUAACACAAACCCAAACUAUCUUGGAAACCAGCAAUUUGGGACUUCACACAUUUACAACGAUCGCACACGAGAGAUUGCCAGACAGAAUGCCAUAAAUAUUCAACGUUUGGAUUCAGCAAAGACGAUGAUAGAUGGUGGAAGUCGUGCAGUAUUACCGCUCGGAGCAGUCCUCUCAAGUGCUGAAGCCUCGGCAGCUCGCCCUUCCAUUUACUCGCCUCCGCCAAGUACUAUGGAUGACAUGGUCAAUAAACAACGUGCUAAAGACACAAGUGAUGUGCUAAUUCAAGGCCACCAACCAAGACCAGAACUUUCUUCAUCCACAGUACAACAACGCUCAUCCAUCACCGGAUAUAGUCCGAGUCCAUCCAGCAAACUGCUGAAUGGUUCAAGCGAGACUGGUGGAGCUCGAUAUGCAGAUGCAUCGCAAGCGGCCCGUUUGUUCUCGCCGAGUUGCUUGAGCGCAAAGGCAGAAAGUGAACCAGGCGAGACCCAGCCCUACCGCGAAAUACCAAUCCAGUCAUCGUACGUGAGGAAAAUUGCUCUGUCAGUGGAUGUGCCUACUUAUCAACCCGAGGACAGAUUAAGAGCUGGGAACCCAGGCACGGAAGAACAAUCUAUCUACCCGUUUACCCGGCUGGACACGGGCAGUGUGCACACUCGACAACGAACUAAUAUUAUCACGGUAGAAAAUAUGAGCUCGGUGCGACCUGUAACCUCGGAACAAAGCUAUAUACCCAGCUUUACAGAUGAUAUACAGGCUGCUUCACAAAGGACGAGUCGGAUACUGCACGGCAAGGCCGAGCUAUUAGAUGCCCCCACUAAGCCUUUUGCUGACACUCAUGUUCCGUUGUCAGUGUGUCGUGACAACUCGCAUAUCGACCUGGAAGAAGCACGUAUGGAUUCAUUAGCAGUACGCGUAUGUGGAAUGGAACUGUCUGAUCCAUCACGAGCGAAUUCACACCAUGCAGCAGAAGUAGAACAUGAUCGCGACCAGACUGUUUUCAGCCCAUUAUCGAAAAAUACUAACCUUAAGCCAAUGCACAGCCAAGUGGAAUUGAUGCGGUCACCAAAGGCAGUCGCUCCGGUACAACUAGAUUCGGUAAGCUCGGCAAACUGUUCCCAACAGCGCAUCCAGAGUCCCAGUCCACCGUACUCGGUAACUCGGUCGACUGGCUUCAGGUCUUCGCCUCCGUUAAUCCGCCCCAAAUGGCAGUUAAAACCAAUUCCAACAGACAGUGAAAUCAGAGAACGUCUGAGAAGUCGAAGUAGACAGAGAACGGAUACAAGGCAGUCACGCCCGGUACAUCCUGAACUAACAGGUUCGUAUAGACCCCGCAGCUCUCGUUCUGACUCUCGAUACCGCUGCACAGACUUAGACUCAGCAAUUGCUGAGUCAAAGGCCGAAACCAGUCCGUCUAAAACGCAAAAUCUUGAAGCGUUUUCAGAUACAAAGCAAUCGGCUUCUCUGUUUGAUUUGGGUGAACACUUGCGCAAGAACACAAAAUUAUCCUAUUACCACCAAAAUGGCAGCACAGCACGCUCAUCGGGCACUGAAGACGCAACAACAAGAAAGUUCUUCGGUGACGCGAAAUCAUAUAGCUCCCUCCUGGAAACAGAUAUUGACACUGGGGAAAACUUUGAAAGACCUAUCAUUUUGGAAACAGACGUCGACAACCUAGACACGCUGAUAAAUGGACGAAGCUUUACCGCGCCCAUUGAGGACUACUGUCAACCGAAAACCCGCAGUCUUUUUAAUCUGGCACACAGUUAUACACCAGGGCUUCAUCGCCGCCAAACUACAAUGGAUAAAAGUCCCGGCGUGAUAGAAAUCAACACUCAUUCGCCAAACGAUUUGGGUGACAACUGGCAACGAACCAAAAGUUUACAAGGUUUGACCCACCGUGAUCGGGAAUCUCCCACUCCAAGACAAGAUAUAUCACAUCAAAAUAAAGCCAGUAGUAUUGGAGCGAAGGGUCUGAUUGAAAGGUUACGUGAACGGGCUCGGUCGACACAUGAGCUGCGCAUCGCACAAUCGCUGACAAAACUACGAAUCCCUGAAUGGUUGGAUAAAGCGGAAUGCCUAAGUCGAUCGGUAGUAGAGGGUGCAGGGAGCACGGAUCGUGACAGGCCAAGACAGAAGGAACUAACAUCGGAGCUGACACGAACCUUGUCUUCAAAGGAAGAUGACCAAGGCCACUCCCGUUCUAACUUGUCAACCCUGAGAUCUUUAUCAAGCGUUCGAAAAGUGGAGGGACCCUUUUCACCCAAAUGGCUACCCAAAUCAACGACUAUUGAGACUGUAGCCGAACCCACUAGACCAAGGGCAGGAAUCUCCCAUCAACCACGGUUCAUUCGACCAAGUCAGGAACUUCGAGAACGUGGAGAAAGUGCAUCUAGACUUAGGCCAAUUAGGUCAAAGUUAUACAGUUCCAUGAAGAGUGUGGCAGGGGCUCAGAGCAGCCUGGAGAAAACUGCCACUGAUCUUCGUCCUCAGGUAGCCCCACGCCCCCUCAAGUCAAUAAUAGUUGGUCAGGGAACAGAAAUGAAAUUAAGUCCCCAGGAUUUUGUCCCAAAAGAAGAACAAGUCUGGGGACAUCAGCAUCGACAGGUACUUGCCAACACAAAUCUGCUUGCCUCCGGAACUCCUAACACACAACCUGCUUCCAACCACUUUGAUACCAUGAACCAGGUAAGUCCGAGAAUCGGUGGAAGCUUACUGGAUACGGCAUAUCUGGGACAUGCUGGUUCAAAGGAAGCAGGAAGAACUCAAGAAGACAUAAAGCCGGCAGACUAUGACUCUGGAACAGAACAUUCGGGGGACCUGACGGAAUCAAACGUCCUAAAGCCCACCUCUAAUAUCAUAAAACAUGUUGAACCUGUGCACACGCUUAACGACACUCAAGCUCAGCACAUUCAGUCUAAUCGGAUGGAAGUCCACGAUCGCAGAUUGCGUAAGAGUCCUGCUGAUCGUUUUGUUUACAGUAAUUUUGAUUCUGACAGUGGUCCAGAAAUUCAGUCUCCGUGUGAUGAUUUUAGUGGAGAUCAACCCUGCUCAGACUGGCAUUCAAUAGAUGCCGAAGGUGAUCCUGAGAGUGAAGCAACAGAUGGCUUAGAUCAGAUAUCCGACCUGACUUGUCUCACAUCCUUGGUUGACACAUGUGCGUCAAGACACCAGGCGUUAUUAGCCAACAGACCGUCUGCUCUCGAACAUUUGCUAACCAGUCUUGGUUGGUGGCCUCCUGCUCCACAAACCGAACAUCGCUAUCUUCCGCCCACAGCUGCCGAGGCUAUUUCCAUUGCCGCCCACGAAUUCGACGUUGACGAUGACUCUCACCGUACUGAGUUUAUUCAAUUGCUAACAAGUCCGGAAAGUCGAAGACCGAUUAACCUUGGAGAAUUCGCAUUAAAUCAGCUGUCUGGUGCUGUCCAGCGGAAGCAAGAAGACGGGUUACUUUAUAUCAGUUGUGGCAGAUCCGAAUGCACAAAAUCACCCAUACAAGUGAACCAAGCUAUCGACUGGUGUGCCUGCCCCAACUGCUACACACUGUAUUGCUCUUCAGUUUGUCGCGCGAUCGAUCGACGAGCAGCUCACGAUCAUCCCACCAUUUGUUCCUUUGCUCGGGCUAAACGUGUUUGCAAUCGAUUACUGCGCAAUCUCGCUGCAGGUCAGGUGACUGGUCUCACAGCAUUGGCCAAGACGGGGAUGGCUCGACUAGGACGUGGAGGUAUUUUGCUUCCAUUUGCGCUUGUGCAACAUGCCGAACUAUUCUUACAAAGGGCCAGAUCUUACUCAUUCGUGGCAAAAGAGAGCAUUGAUAACAGUCUGGAAUACGCUUCAUCUUGUUGGGAAAAUAAACAUCUACCUAGUCCUGGUGGUCUCAUGUCUCCGCCGCUUUAUCUAACUUUGAAAGAGUUGGAGGAGCUUGACUCUACAGUUGCCAAACCUUGUCAGUCCUAUAAUCCCUCGAUGAGUAUGGUGUUGAUUGUAGUUGUUUGCGCCUACGAACUCAUUGCUAGGUCCGAUGGACGGCCUGUACACCUUUUUAAGCAGAGCUUAAUUAUUCCAUUCCCGGUACAUAAUGCUCCCUGUAUAAGCAGCAGCCAACCAGGCUCCCCCGCAGAACGACCAGUCAAGCUUCCUCGUACCGUGCUUUCCAAACCAGUGUUACCGCAGACAAAUGGACUUCUGAGUAAACCAGAUCGCCAGGCUGCUGCAGCCCGAGAAGCAUACAUGAUUCGCCUACAACGGGUGUUGCGCGAACGAGGCGUUAGUUUGCGUCAUCAUCACCCAGAAAUUUACACACAGAUCGCUAAUUAUGUAGAAACUGGAGUGCCUUUUGCUCCCAUACGCAUUGUCUUUCAUGAUUUUGUCCUACGCGAAGAAGUUUUAUGUACAAUUCAACCGAUGUGUGAUCCGCUAUUGCAGCCUACAAGGCAAAUGCAAUCCCGACAAAGACCACCUAAUGAGCUAUACGAAGAAGUUGUUCUAGAAGCUCCACAACGUUGCAGUGCAAUCACUGAGCAUUCGCCUACGACUUCGCAAGGGCAUAUAGCUCGUCCCUUCCCUGAAACCGAUUUCUGAUAAGAACACUUCCUGAUGAUAUUCUACAACUUCCAGUGUAUAGCUUUUCACGAACUUUGCAUGUACACAAGUAACACCGUUUGAAGAAUUUUUGUUUUAAAUACGACCCAUUUUUUAAUGAACUAAGCAAUACUCAGCGCGCCUGUAUAGGUAUUUGAUUUCUUCAAACACAGAUGGUACUUGAGUACAGGAUGCUUCCAUUCGUGCAUUUCAGUCAAACUUGAUUUUUCUGCUAAUACAACUCCGCAAUCUGCAUCCAUAGUCCACAAUGCAGGACAGUCUUAAACGAUUCCAGUGACGCUUGAUUAUGGGAACCAAACCUAUGCCUCCAAACCCUUCGGGUUGAGUUUUUUGUUGGCUUCAAGAUAACUAGCCGAAGAACUACAAGUGUCUAAUGGUUGCGAUUCAGCUGUCUCAGAAACUACUUCCUAUUUUCACCACUGUAAUCUUAGCAAGUCUUUGAUCUACGAGUCUCGAAAUGUUACCCACUCCUUCUCUACUUGUAUUUCGGUUGUUCGUUAUUUCUUGUUCCUUACUUGCGCACAGAACCCCCAUAUUUGCAUGUAAAGAGCUUUCCUUCUGCUUCUUGUUACUUUCUUAUAAAUGCUAGUGGAAUCCACA